UGAGCUUCAAACUGGUGGAACGACCCUUUAAAUCCUCUUCACCGUGUGGUUUGUGUGUCGGCAGGGGGAGUGUUCUCAGAAGUGUCACAGCAUGUUCGUGGUGGAGUCCAUCUGCGUCGCCUGGUUCACGUUGGAGUUCGUGCUGCGAUUUGUCAACGCGCAGAGCAAGCUGGCCUUUGCUCGCGGCCCCCUCAACAUCAUCGAUGCCAUCGCCAUCCUCCCGUACUACGUGUCGCUGGUCAUCGACAUCAGAGAUGAGUCACAGGAGGAGGUCUUCAUGGGCGCCGGCAGAGGCUACCUGGACAAACUGAGCCUGAUCCUGCGGCUGAUGCGGGCUCUGCGCAUCCUGUACGUGAUGCGGCUGGCUCGCCACUCGCUGGGCCUGCAGACGUUGGGACUGACCAUGCAGCGCAGCAUGCGGGAGUUCGGCCUGCUGCUGCUGUUCGUCUGCGUGGCCGUGACUCUCUUCUCACCUCUGGUCCAUCUAGCGGAGAGCGAGCUAGCGCCAUUUGCUGCCACGCACCCUCAACACAGCUUCAGCAGCAUCCCAGCAUCAUACUGGUGGGCCAUUAUCUCCAUGACUACGGUGGGCUACGGCGACAUGGUGCCGCGCAGCAUCCCCGGACAGAUAGUGGCACUGACCAGCAUCCUGAGCGGCAUCCUCAUCAUGGCGUUUCCCGCCACCUCCAUCUUCCACACUUUCUCCCGCUCCUAUCAAGAGCUGAAACAGGAGUAUGAGCGGCUGUGGAAGGAGGAGAGAGGAGAAGAGAUCGCUGCCGAGUCAGAGAACAGUUGGUCCAAGGGCGACUCGUCACCAGAUGAGGUCACGUCUUUCUCCAAGGACGAUAAUGAUGGACUGAUGUCCAGCGAGAGUCCUCGGUCCACACUUCCAUCCACAGCGUUUUAACGGGACUUUAUUCAGUUAUCGACUCCAGAGGCCUGUUUAUUUUCAACAGUGUCACAAUUUGAGUUCACGUCCUGGUUUCAUUUGUUACGUCAAAGCUUCAGUGUGCAGGAUGUGGUGGCCUCUAGUGGUGAGGUUGCACAUUGCACCUAAUUGAAAAACCUCCCCUUUCGAAUGUGUGAGAGAAUUUUUGAUGGUCGUCAGGUAACAUCAUCUGUUUUCACAUCUCAUGUUGUGUAGUCAUGUUGUGUAGUCAUG